AUGGCUGGAUAAGGCAUGAAUAUGGGAAUCAAUGAUGCAGCUCUUUUGGCCAAUUGUAUUAUAAAAAAUUCUAGGUCUGGAAAUGAUAUUGGCUUAGAAUAAUCUCUUGAAGAAUAUGAAUCAUAGGCUAAACUUAUGAAUUAUACAACUUCAAUAGCUAUGGAAUUAAUAAAGAACACUUAUGAGAAUAAGACUAUAUCUCCUUUGAGAUAAUUAGGAGCAAAAGUAAUAAAUAACUUAGAUCCAAUAAAAUAAAUUAUGAUCUAGUAUGGAUCCAAACAUCCAUUAGGACCAUCUUAAUUUGAAUGGGUAAAAUGA